ACCAAACCCCAAUGUAACCAUAGUUUUAAAAAACCAAAGAUGAUGUGGAAAUAAACCGUCCAACCGUCCUAGUCCUUAAUUCAGCUACUGCAGGGACAGCUACGUAAAGAGACGCAUUUAGAAGUUAUGUCGGGAAACAGUCCGUGUUUGUAACUGUUUACAGUUUCAACUUUAAAAGUGCAAAUGUAAGUCAUUAAUAAACUGUAUGUAAAAAUAGGACGUCCUCUCUGUGUGUUAUUAUGAAGCUUCCCGACGUGCCAUUUUGGCUGCAGUGUCACUUCUAGCCAGCAGGGGUUGGUUCCAAACACCUUUUGCUUUUGGUCUUUCAUUAUAUGAAAUACUCACUUAAGAAUUUUAAUACAUACAGUACGUCAUGUUGUUUCCCCCUGAAUUACUUUCCAGUUUUAUCAGAAUGUCUUUUUAAAGUCGCCGCUUGGCAGUUUCACUGUAAAAAACACAAGGAGGAAUUAAAUCAAAUUAGUUUACUUUAACCUUACUAUUUAGUAAACUUACUUCCUUAGUAAAGUUGUACAGAUGUUACGAAAGUUUAAAAUACACAUUUGUUAACCAUGUCUCUGUACUGACAUGAGGUCAUACUGACUUCCUCAGGCUGAAUUAGUGCACGUGAAGAAAAGAAGUCGUCUGCUUGAAGCGUCGAGCGGCAGCAGCAGCAGUCUGGUAUGAAGGACAACAGUAUAAACCAGGAGUGUGUAAAAGCGCUCAGAGAGAGACUUGACAACAUCAACGUUUCUGAUUACCACGGCCUAGAAAGUCCUGGUCUAACUUGUUACUUGAACAGCAUUCUUCAGGUGUUUUUUAUGACGGAGGACUUCAGGAGGGCCGUCAACAGAUGCUACAGCAAAGAGCACACAACCAUGGACGGCCUCCUGUAUACACUGUUCAGUGACCUGGAGAGAAGUUUGGCCACAACACAUCAAGUCACAACAACUCUGGGCAUCGUUGAUGUAUUAGAGCAGCGUGAUGCUGCAGAGUACUUUGAGAGGAUUCUGUAUCUGACCAGUCCAGAGGCCUCCAAGAUAUUUAAAGGUGAGCUCCAACACAAAAUCACCUGCCUCACGUGUAAGAAGUGGAACCACACCAGGAACUAUUUCUGGAUUCUACCUCUGGCUGUGAAAAAGUCGUCUCCUCACACCUACAGUGUGGACAGAGGCCUAAGGUCGUUCUUCAGGGAGGAGACGGUCUGCGGGGAAAAUAAGAUGUACUGCAACCACUGCAGCAGCAAGAAGGACGCCAUCAUUGGCUGUGCGGUGACACAACAACCUCAGAUUCUCACACUGCUGCUGAAGAGAUUCACCUUCGACUACAGGUCCAGCUGCUUCGUCAAGCUUCACUGCAGUGUGGAUAUACCGGCAACCCUCCUGAUGGGGAACCGUAGGUACCAGCUGUACGCCCUAGUCCACCACUAUGGUUCCCUGACUGGAGGACACUACACUUCACAGGUCCAGUCCUUUGAAACUGGGGAGUGGUACUGUUUCAACGAUAACAUCGUGGAGAAGGUCCAGAAGCCCCUCUUUGAUUGUGAAAAGGCCACUCUGAGGUCAGAGUCAGCUUAUCUCCUCAUGUACAGAGCAGGUGAGUUCAAAGGUCACCUCCGCUCAUCCCAGAGACUUUUUAAAAUAAAGACAUUCUUUGAUGUUGUCCAUCAGAAAAACGUUGAUGUCUUUGUGGUUAAAGACAGAACAUUCUCUGAAGAUGCUGGGGAGGGGGAAGGACCAGGAGCUGCACUAGACCUGAAGGACGUGUUUGGUGGCAGUGGUGACCCAUCAGCAGAAGUGGACACAGAGCUUCAAACAGAAGGAGACCUGGACCACAUGGAUGUAGACCGGCCCAGACAGCGGUCUGUUUAUGAAGAACACGUUGACAACAGUGCUCCAGUACAAAACCACCUUUCUGCACAGGACCGACUAAAGCCUAGUGAUGUUUGCUGGGACAUGAUGUGUACAGACAAAAAUGACAGGCAACAAAUGACAGACGGGACAUCUAAGUGUCAGUCCAAAAGUCAAAUACAAGCAGAGAAGAACCUGCAAGGAGCUAAGAGCAAAGGUUCUCCUCCUUCAAAUGGACUCACCAAGUGUCACCUCUCACCCAGCCUGCACAGAAAACCAAAGGCCAAUGGUGAGAAACUUCUUCCAGCCAUGACCGCAAGUGAGAGGAGGAGACAUCACAGGAAGGAGAAGUCAAAGGUCAAACCGUGGAAAUAGUGGAUAGUUUUUAUCCAUCACUGCAAGCUGCUCUUUAGCACCACCAUGAGGUUGACCCUAUCCUCACAUCUGUGUUGGAUGUCCUCCUUCAGACUCAGCUCUGACCCCUGUUGACCUUGGUUCCCCAGAUAGACACAGGGAUUUCUAACCCUGUGUGUUAGCAGCAGGGAAAACGCAGGCCCACGUUUCACCUGCAAACCACACGUUGGCACCAAAACUAUUCUCUGGUCACGCGAUUGUUCCUGUGUGUUUGUAUGAACUGGAACGAACCAGUUUAUUCCACUGAGCGUUGACAAGCCUUGUUGAUCUUAUCAGAUGAUGAACACAUUAAUAUUUUUCAAUAACAGCAUUCAUAAGAACACUAGCACUAGUUACCUUGAACUACAAAGUGGCGAUGUUUUCAUAUAAAUAUAUAAAAUAAAACCAGAGUUUUGAAACCUGUUUGUCUUGACCCUGCUCUGACCCCUGCCCCACAUGUGUCAGUGUAACACUCAUGGUCCAGUUCUCCUAAAUCAGACUAUUUUGGCUCAUGAAUUAACAUCCAAUCAAAGAUCAGCAUGACGCCGCUGUGCCUGAGCCAAGCUGAGGUUCUUUCUUUUUGCAGCACACUUACAAGAAGUCAUGUGACCACACGAGGCGGGGUCAGAAAGUCCCUUCUGAUUUAAUAAGCACAACACAAAAACACAUGUAUGAGAAACGCUGUGAUGCAGGAGUGUCAGGUGGUUUCCACGCAAGAGUUGAGUGACAACAACAACAGUUGGCAAAGAUUCUGGUUCAAGUUGACCACAAAAAAUGAAACAUGACUGCUGGUGUUGAAAAUGGAACCUGAGGAAUAUGGCUGGUGAAACUUGAACUCUGUGCAGUCGUAGGUUCACGGUUGUCUCUGUGAGACGUCUCCAAGAAAACAAAACCAAACCA